GGCAGUUCGGAGAGAGCAACACGGCAGUUGAGCGUCUUCCCAAAGAGGCACGGAGUAUAUGCCGAACAUGGGCGCGGGGAGGCCCAGCGUAUAAAAGAGCGGCAGUGAGUCGCUUAAGGAUGGGCACUGGGGCCUUGAUCUUACACAGCUUCAGAAAUCUCGAACAAGACCGCAAACGUCACGCUGCUUACCAAGAUGAAACCGUUCAGCACCGGUGUCUUCAUCGCUGGCCUGGCGGCCAGCACGACCGUGGAAGCGGUCAAAGUCAUGCUUCUCGGUGACUCCAUCACUGAGAUCACCUGCUGGCGACCCAUGGUGUGGAACCAGAUCGCAUCCGCCGGAUUGGCGGGCAACGUCGACCUUGUCGGCAGCAUGAACGAUCUCCAGAGUUCGUGCUCGAGGCCGUCUGGAUUCGACCCUGACCACGAGGGCCACUCGGGCUGGCAGGCGUACGACAUUGCGCGCAACAACAUCAACGGUUGGGCGCAGGCCCAGAAGCCGGACAUUGUCCAGUUCAUGCUCGGCACCAACGACGUCAACAUUGGCAAGAGGGACGUCAACAGUAUCCUGAAUUCGUACUCGCUGAUCAUUGAUGCCCUGCGUGCUGCCAACCCCUCGGUUAAGGUUGUGUUAGACAAGCUGAUCCCGACGAGCUGGAGCGACCAGACAAUCGAGGCGCUCAACAAUGCCAUUCCAGGCUGGGUGCAGCAGAAGACCACCAAUGCGUCUCCCAUUGUCAUUGCAGACUGCUCGCGUGCCGCAGGGUUCACCAACAGCAUGCUCAACCCGGCCGACGGUGUCCAUCCCAACAACCAGGGCGACCAGUUCAUUGCGUCCAAGGUCGGUCCCCAGUUGAUCCAGCUCAUCAGGGCCUCGAUAUGAGAGGUAGGGGAUAGGAAGGGGCUGGGCCGCUGGGGUUUCUCGUCUACUGCUUCGAGGGGCAGGGUCUUGAUUAUAGCAGAGAUUAUUUAGCUCCCAUGAUGAAUGAGUAUGGAUUCCUUGUGAAUAUAUUCUCAAUCAAUUGAAUGCUGGGAUGAAUCAUGGUGAAAUGCUGCUCGCCCAACUUCUCAAGGCCAGGGGC